CACAAAAAACACCCUGCAUCUGCCGGUGCCCGCCGCCGUCGACCGCACCCAGCACCUCCAUGCGCGGGCUCGCGCUCGUGCCUCCCCGCCGCACCGCGCCGCCGGCUACCGGAGCGCCGCCGCCGGAAGAGCGCGCCUCCAUGCCCUCUCUCCUUCUUCCCUCCCCUUCCUCCGGUUCUAUUUCUCACCUCCCUCUCUCUCUCUUUUGCAGGAAGCGGAAGCCAUGGCCGCCGCCCCGCGCCGGCCGGCCAUCGGAGCGCCGCUGCUGGACCAACGCGCCGCCCUGCCCUCCUCUCCUUCUCCCCCCUCCCUCCGGUUCUAUCUCUCACCUCCCUCUCUCUCUCUCCUUUGCAGAAAGCCACGGCCGCCGGACCUCCACGCCUCCGCGAGCCCGCCGCCGGCCUGUGACCUCUACGCUGCCUCCAGUCCUCUCCGGACUCCUCCGUCGUAUUCUUCUCAUUCUCCGACGCUGCCAAGUUCGCCCGAGGAAGAAGCGUCGAGUUCGCCGGAGGAACAAGAACAUCCGUCCAGCCGUCCAUUGUCGCCUGAGCUACACCAGAGGUGCCAAAGGUGUCCGAUCUAACUAAGGUGGAGGCCAAGGAGGUUUAGCUCUCGGACAUUGCACCAAUGACGCUGGAUAAUACCGACAUGCAUACUGUAAGUUUCAUUUAUUCAGAUUGGGACCUUUCUUCCUGUUAUUUUGCCGUCAAAACUGAAAAAGAGUGAUGCUAAUUCGCUAAAGGUCAAUGUAGUCAUCAGCCUGUAUGCUCUCAAUCUCCUGGCAGAGUAUUUUCCCUUAAAUGAUGCUACUGUCACAUGAUGCAUAUCAUGGUUCUUUGGCCUUGGAUCAAUUUAUUCUGCAUUUACAUGAUAUAUUGCUUCUAGCCAAUGAAAUUUGAUCCACAUUUGUGUGUGUAUGCAUAUCCUAUACUGGAAACUUGUGCUUUGCCCAUUAUAUGAUUAUACUAGCGGGCAGAGGCGCGGCGGCACGCCGCGCUUGUGAAACAGCCCAUCUAAAUGCUUGUUGUUGGUUUCGCAAGAGAAAAACAAUAACUGCAUAUCAGCUCUCAUUUUUACUUGCAUAUAGUGCUACUUGAAUUGCUUCUAGAAAUAUUUACCUGACAGCAAAGUGUUUUGCUGUAUUCACAUUGCCAAUACUAAAAAAUUGAAGAUAGUGUAAGCAAAGAUGGAGAAAUUCUCUAGCUCAGACUGCAUCUCUACUGCCAAUAUUUUUUAGCAAGCAAAUUCUCAACGGAAAGUCACUGCUUUGUAAAUCUUCUUGGCAUCCUGAAGAUCAAAAUUUCGAAUUCGGUAGAGAGCGCCUUGCUUUCAGUUUAUUCUUGAACUUGUUUGUUUUAUGUUGUGGCACCAUUUACUCCAUGGUAGUUCCCUGUCAGAAUAACUUAAUUUUUCAUUAGACACGGUCCUAAGCUUUUUACAUGAAGCAAAACAUAAUAAAAUAUAAGGUAUGUGUUUGAUCUAACCAGACAGUCCACCAUGACGAAAACCAGUUCAGGUAGUGUUCCUGCUUUUUGUCUUAUGAAUUCUCAUA